GUGCUUUUUCUAACUAGGUCAAGCCCACUUUCUGCACGGCUCGCUAUUUGUAGUGGCAUCACAGCCGGCCGUGCAGGAACGACCUAUUGCACCUCACCGUCAGUAAUUUUUUUUUUUAACCCGUUUUUACGUUUUGCGAUAAAAAAAAGUUACUCAGUGAACCCGCGAACCCGCGAACCCGCGAACCCGCCAAGUCGCGAAGUCAGACGAUGCAAUUUUUUUUUACGUGGUUCAAUUGGUUGUCGUUUUCCACCGGCUUGAGUGACACCACUGGAUGAAUGGAUUUAUCACGGAGAAUGAAAGUGCUGAAAGCCAGCAUUACGUCGGUUGAUGAUUCAUCACUCAAAAUUAUCCUCCCCACGGAUAAUUGAAGGUGCGUUUGUUAUCCUCGAGCAAUUACCCCAGCAAACGCUGACAACUCUGGUCCGAAAGAAAUCUCCAGAGAGUUGGGUCCUCUCCUCGAGGAGAUAAUAAAUGCACGGCAUGAAGGACAUGCGCUGGCCCUUCCGUCUUUCCGUGUUAACGGUAACUGCUGUACUUUGCUGUCGUCAAAGUGAAUUCCAGUGCGGAAACGGACGUUGUGUAUCCCUCAAUAAAGUCUGCAAUGCACUCGACGAUUGCGGUGAUGGCAGUGACGAGCAAAGAGCCUGCACACCUUGCAAUAGAACGUACUAUGGAGAUAUAGGGAAAACUUAUUACCUCGAGUUGCAUCGACCGAAGGAGGACAAGGUGCCUUACUUCUGCAAGCUGACGUUCAAUGCCCCUGGAAAAGAAUUCGGGGAUAUUGUACAGUUAACCUUCGACAGUUUCACCCUCGGGAAAUUUGUAUCCUUUACGGUGGAGGGAUGCCCCGAUGGGUCGUUGCAAAUAUCGGAAGCCCAGAGACCGGAUGUUGGUGGGGUAUGGUGUGGCACCUCAUGGGGUCCAGCUAUUUACUACAGUGAAACACCGAUUGUUACGAUAUCCCUGAAACUCCUGAGACUCAGUCAGGAUCAGACAGGCUUCAAUUUCGAUUUUCGUAUGGCAUACAAGAUGAUAAAAAGAUCGGAUGCUGUUGUCAGAUAUGGAAAUCCAUUCGUCGAAUUCGUGUCGUACCUCACAAAAUCGACCUCGAGACCAACCACUGCUUUGAGUCACCCCAUCGAGUACUCGAAUACGACAAUCACCUCGUCGGUGAGAAUAACAGAAAAAUUUAAACCAACUGUGGCUACCCCUGAGCAACAAUACCUGGGGGACCUGAUAUCAGGGACAUAUUGCUCGAGAAUAUUCAGCGAUUGCGAUAAAAGAAAAUGUAGGCUACAGUCGCCCAAUUUUCCUGGUCUCUAUCCACGCAAUCUCACGUGCUACUAUGCAGUACGACAGCACGAAGUACCACCAGGCAAACACGCACUCAUAACUGUACGUCAGCCAAGGGGUCAGCUGAUUGCUGUGCGUGCUAGACCAGCUAAUCAGGCUGAACCACCACCAAGAGAGCUCAAAUUGUGGCAGGAUUGUGACGUCGUUCAGGACUACGUAACAGUGUACGAUGGCUACACCACUCGAGACCCAGUGAUCCUCAAGUUUUGUGGUGGUGGUGAACCGGUGCCAGAGGCAACGAGCAGCGAAGCAGAAAUUCUCGUUGAAUUUACCACAUCACCCUACGGAACUUUUCUCCAUCCAACACCACCCCACUCCCUCCACGGUUUUCAACUGGAAGUCCAGGUGAAAUUCGUAGACGCCGAGUCACCGGAGUACGCGAAAAAUAAACGCUGCGAAUUUUGGUUGAAGGGAAAUGGUGGUGGUGUACUGGCAUCACCUCGGCACACACUCCCACGAAAUACAACUUGUCUGUAUCAUCUCCGAGGUGCUGGGCCAGUAAUGCCCAGUCCAACACCACCGAGACCAUUACCCAAAUUCCCGGAGACUAGACCUGGUACUGUCUGGAGAAAACCAGCGCCAAAACCUGCACAACCGCAAUUUCGCAUCUGGAUGUCCAUCCUCAAAUUUCACGUUGGUAAUACUCCCAGCACUAAUGAUGAAGAUUGCAGUACCACAAUGCUCGUGUGGGACGGAGAUAUCUUUCCGUUAUCCGAAUGCAACGACAUAUCUUGCGGAAAAGAGAGGCAGAGAUAUAUGGACAGAACUGGGGAUUUAAUACCGCAGAGUGGAGGUAGACCAGCAGCAAAUACUACUCUGUUGGCCAGAUACUGCAAGGACAAACUGCCAAAAACGUGUGAUCACUUGAUUCUGCAGAAUACGAGUCGACCAUGUACAUUAGGGGAAAGUUUCAUUUCCUCCGGGAACAGCAUGACUAUUGAAAUACGCAUGACCGAGUCCACAGCCCUGAGGCCUGUGAAUUUUCGCGCACUCUACGAAUUCGUCGAUCUACAUCAGGAUGGUGAUCCUUAUGGGGUAGGACCCUGCUCACGAGUUUUUUAUAGUCGAAAUCGGGAUCAAUAUGUCGACAGGAGAUUUCAAGCUCCCAGGGACAUCUUCUUGUACGGCAGGGGCGGCGCGAAGAAUUUAAGCUGUGUGUAUCGUUUCGAAGGGGAACAGGAUGAAGUUGUUAAAUUGAGAUUCAACAAAUUGCUGAAUGGAAAUCAUACGUGCAAAAGUGUCUCCAGCGUUGAUUACAAUAGAUUUUUGUGUUUAGGGCAGAAUAAUUUCUCUCUGAAGAUAAUGGAUUUACCAUGGCCCAAUGGCUCCCCAAUUCAACGAGACUGCCUGUGUUCAAACCGAUCAUUGCCAAUCACAGUCAAGUCAUUAUCGAAUAUCGUCGAGGUACAUUUUGUCGUUCACUCCAUGAGUUCCCUCGACGACUACAAUAAUCUGUUCUUCGAGGGUGUCUGGGACUUUGUUAAAGCUGUACCUUGUCUCCAGAAGCGACGGGUCAGGGGGCCGUCAGGUGAAAUAAAGUAUGAGUCACCCAUCGCCGAGGAAGAAGAGAGCUACUGUCGAAAUCAUCCGUGGCUGAUCGAUCCAGGCCCCAAUCAGUACCUCUACGUGCAGACCCAUGGAAGAGUCAUGAAGAAUGGCACUAAAUGUCUCACCAAGAACCGAGUGAUUCUCCAUACCGGAGGUACCCUAAACGUGGCAGUUUGCCCUAGACCUGAAAGUGACUCGAGACAUCAGGUCGUUGGGGUUUUCAGCAAAGGGUGGACCUCCCAGAAUUACGCAACGAUGCUGAUCGCUCCAAGCUUCGAUCCGAUGAGAAGCGUUGCUGUUGAAUUUAUUAUUAAUGAGCCUGACAUCCAUACUGUCACGUGGCUUGAGAUGACGAGGAGGCCAGCCAUGAAGACUCCCCCAGAAGGUCUGCAAAUGCCCCGAGACUGCGAACAACGUUGUCCAGAGCUUGAUGCCUGUAUCAACGCCUCCCUCUGGUGCGAUGGCACCUCUCACUGUCCCUCAGGAUACGACGAGGCCCUGACCCACUGCUCGAUGCUCCUACGACUGCCACCACUUCACCUAGCAGUCGGUGCUCUCCUGAUUCUAUCAGUAAUGGGCGCUAUAUUCUUCGUGUCGUGGCGUGUACUACGCAGAAAAACAAAUCGAUCCAUCUCCCAGCAUCGAUUGAAGAGCAUCUCCUCGGAGACGGCUAUAAUCGAUGGCAAGGAAGUGAUAUGCUGACAAAGCGACAGUUCUGUGCGAUACGUUGAGAUAGACCGUGUGACAACGGUGUGACGCACAUUUCCAGAAUUAAAAUGUUCUUUGAUAAACAACUGGGGAAAUUAUUGCAACGCCAUUCUGCCAUCACUGCCCACAAUUUUGUAAUAAUUUCGUGGCAUUUUUCAAUGUUGAGAGAAUAUUUUGGUAAAUGGAGAGUAACUGUCGUCUGAACGUAACGCCCAGAACUGUUUCGAUUUAUUGGACCUCUGUGAGUGCUCAGCUGUGUGCACGUGUGACUUUUAAUAGUGAAUUUUCAAUUUCCUGGGGAGAGCUGGGGUGAGUGGAAUAUUUUUAUUCUAGUGGUUUUUUUUUUUCAUUUAUUCUGUUUUCAAUGGUUUGGGGGGUCUUGUAGGCAAAUCAGUCGACGUAAUUAGUCGAGGGUUAGUUCACAAUUACGUUGUGCCUUUAUCGGGAGUCAAGCCCUCUCCAGGGAUUAUUAUGUUGGAAUAUUGAGCCCUCAUUUAUUUGAGUAGGCAAAUCAAUUUUAAAAUUGUGAAAGGGAUAUUUAAUGAAUUUUUUCCUCAGCGAGAUAAAUAUAAAAAGAAAUUCCGCAUUUCCUGCAGAAAAAUUGAGUUGCAAACAAUUAUUUAUAUAUAAUGGAUUGACAAUUGGCAUGGCGUAAUUGGUGAAUUGUCGAGAAUGAUUAUUCUUUCCCCGUCCGCAGUGUCUCUUGAUUUCCAUGAUUUCAUCAUUGAUUUCCAGUGGAAGAUGGAGAGUUACAGGUGGACAUAGAAUACGUAUUCCCCAAUUAUCUGAAUUUUUCACUCUUUCGUUUUACGAUGACAAUAAAAUUCCAUGGAAUCAGAGAUUUUAUGAUGCAUAAGCUGAUUAUCCAGAGGCUCUGCGGAUAAAGCCACCGGCAAAAGCAGAGUAAUGAUGUAAAAAUUGAGAAAUAGAAAUAAAUAUUGAAAUUCAAUAUUCACGCAGAUGUUGAUUUCGAUGAGUAAUGGGAAUAAUUUUUCUUAUGAUGAUAAAUAAAUGAGUAAACAAUACGAGAAGUAGUUUUGUGAUUGUGCAUUAGUGGGAACUAAUUAGAUAACGACCAAGGGAAGAAGAGGAGAUGAAAACUGGAAUUUUUUGAGGGGUUGGAUGCUGGGGUGGAGGCUGAGGAUUCGGUGGUUAGACGUUUACAGGGGAAUUUAGAAGAGAGUAAAUCAUUUAAUGUAGAAAAUUGAUUAGCCAGGAAUCAUGUGAUAUAAUGCUGUUCAUUCGGAGCUGCGCUUCGACAUUGAAAAAAUUGUUACGUCGAGAUAGAGCGAGGGAGUUUGCAAUUGUGACAAUUCAGUGCUAAUGAAAAUAAUUCCAACGGGUCGAGCGGAAUUUUUGAAUCGACACUCCUAUAUCUCGGCUCGUGUAAAACAUUGUUUAUAAAAUGUACAUAUGAGAGCAAUUUUAAUAUCUUCAAUAUUAAUAAUCAGCCAUUGCGAGCACGUGAUCGAUCGGUGCAAUUGUGAUAUAAUUAUUUUCAUUGAUAUUUUGAAAAUUAAAUUA